UCCAUUUUACUGAAAUCUCCGCUAUUCAGCUUUCUAGUCACUGGGACAGCUUCAUCCGAGACUCAUAUCCACGGACUGUAAUAGUGAACGGGCCAACGACUUUCGGAUCUCGCGCCCCCGAAAGCGUCUUUUCUUCAAUAGAACGAAGAACAUUUCACUGGCGAAGUUGUUGCUUAUUCUGCGACAUCAAGAUUGCCACACUCAUCGAGAGUAUGGAGUAACUUUACUUUCACUCUACUUUCAAUCUCCAGAUAGCAACGGAGCCAUAUGGGCCAAACAAAGAUCAUCUCGGAUGGCACUGGGAGCAUACUCACUUCCGGCAUCCUCAGUGAUGAACGCCGACCUGCAUUCUUGAAUCGGAAUCUGAAACAGGCGUUGAAAGCUCAUCAAGCAGGAGAAGGGCUACAGGAUCGCAAUCAGUCGGGAACAUCCACAUCCAGACCGAGAUGGGAUGCGUCACCACUCCACCAACCCCCAUGGACCAAUGAUAAGAGCAACCAUCUGCGUUACCUGGACAUUAAUCUGAAGGGAAUAUCUUCAGUCAAAACCAUCAAUUCGGGCAAAUUUGACAAUCGAGGUGCCCUUCCCAACUGUUUUGCAUUUGAUGUCAACAUUGAUGUCAGCAUACGACAGGCCUACACGGCAAGGCCAUUCUAUUUUCGAACCAUCGCGGCCCAGUUGCACGUGACACUAUUUGGGGGCGUGACAAGCAUUAUAAUCAAUCAGCGGGAACGUAUAAGGGUUCGCGGAGCGGAGCUGAAACCUUUUAUCACUGUUGGAGAUGGUGGUCACUAUGCUAUCACAGCCACAUUAAGAUUUUCGGAUCCAGAGCAUCGUGAUAUGGAAUCAUUUCUGAAGUUCGCUGAUCUUGAGUAUCCUCUGCUCAAAAUGGAGUUGCCCUCACGACUGCAAGCGAUGUGGCACGAUGUCAAGAGACCAGCACAACCAAAACGAAGUAUCUAUCAGUCUGCCAAUCUCCCACUGUUUUCCGACCCACAUUCCAGUAUUGGGUUUGAGCUGCGGUCUGUAGGUCUCGCCCUACAAAUGGAAUUGAAAUGGGUAUCACGGGCGAAAUCUACCCUUGAGGACUAUAUGCAAACAAGAAAAUCGGCAAACUCUACAUUCUCUUUCACUCGUCCACCUGCAAGAAAUGUUCGAUCUAGAUACGAGUUAUCAUUUGACUAUUGGGGCCGAACGGUUGUUCUUCGUAGUCUGAUGUGUCUAAUUUGCGGGCGCUAUGAGUUCGGGCACAUCGACGACCUCAGGUUACACUUAGACUGUGUGCACAUCUCCUCCAAAUACAGUUGGCGCCUAUUAAAGGAGGUCAACGGGACACAAUACUGGCAGUGCAAGUCUGCACACACUAAAGCUACGAGGAGAGAUGCUAUAGAAGACGAUGGCGAAGACCGACCAUUACCCAUCCUCGCCCCGAGACGGCCCUUCAGUCAAACUGAUUACUUAGAGAAUGGUGACGACAGUUGGCAAAAGCAAGCUAGGCAGGAAAUGUUUGAAUGGGAAUAUGAGACAGAGACCGAGUCCGAAUCAGAGAGCGACACCAAUGUCUCCACGACAGAGGAGACGAAGGAAACGACCCGACCUCAAUCGAAAGCCACGAACAACUUUAGCAGAGCGAGCAUCUAUCGCCAAGAAUUCAAGGCUACUCUUAUGAAGCCUGUCAGAUCCAAAAAGAAAUACAAGGUGCCUCCAGCACCAGCAGGAACGACAUUCUUCAGAUCACGGUCUAAGCGAAUUCUAAAAACAGACGAAGAGAUAUCCGAGAGCGAAGACGAUAUCGACACUGACUGGCUAAGACUGAAGACAGAAGCCGAGAUUACUCGUAACCGCAAUAUCCCAGAAGCGGCAAAGCGUUUCCUGAAAGGCUGGAACGCCUAUUUGCAGGCUGAGAGACCCCAGAGUGAUCUACAUUUCAGAGACACGCUGAUACGUUUCGCGCAUUUCAAGGGGCCUUGGAUGCAGAAGGAAGGAUUGAUUGGGGAUUUCGCAACUCUAAUCCAGGAGCUCCGGGAUCUCGAAAUCAUCACAAGCCAUAUACACAACGCUGCUAUGACAUUAGCCACAGACGUGCGUCAGAAUCAUGGCCCGCGAAGAAGAACGAGAAAGUCUAGCAACUUGGACUACGAGGGCGACAUCGAGAUGCUUCCAGGGGAUGAUAAUGCUUCUUCCGACCCAAUAAUCCCUGAAAACGGCGUCAAAAGUCAACAUGGCAAGUGUCUUUGCGGAAGACAAGCUGACGUUCACAAGAGACAGCCUGUCAUCUAUUGUGAGAGCAUAUAUUGUUUACGUCAUGCCUUCCACAUUAGCUGUGUGGUCCAAGCAUGGAAGCCAAAUGGCGAACCGCUUCCUGAAAGAGAGGACUGGUAUUGCAAGGAUUGCGAAGAGGAUCCUGACAAUGACACUGGCUAUAGAAGAUGGUAUAGUUGAUGUUUUACAGA